UUGAGUACAGAUGUGACAACAUGGCGUCUUGGAUGAAUUUCUUCAUGUAAAUUAAUCAGAAACGUAAAAAGACAUUUGUAGCGAUGCCACCGACAAUACAAAGCUCAUCAAAAGAUCGGGCUGAUAGGAAGCGAGCAGGGGAUAAGAGGUCAGAGUUGGUAUGCUCCGUGAAGUACAACAAUACUCUGCCAGAUAUCCCAUUUGACCCGAAGUUCAUCACAUAUCCUUUCGAUCCAACAAGGUUUAUUCAGUACAAGCCAACAUCGCUGGAGCGUUCCUUCAAGUAUGACCUUCUCACAGAGCACGACCUUGGAGUCACCAUUGACCUCAUCAACCCAGAUACUUACAAAAUCAACCCAGAAGCAUACCUUGAACCUGAAGAUGAGAGACUACUGGAUGAGGAAUCCACAUCCUUUGCGGACCAGAAACGGUCCAGACAUAAUAAGAUGAAUGUCUCAUGGUUGAGGAAGACAGAAUACAUCUCGACAGAGUACAACAGAUUCACACAAAAGGCUGAUAAGUCAGAAACAAAAGUGGGCUACAACAUUAAGAAGGCCAUCACAGAGGACAACUUCUACAAGGAUAGAGAGAGUCAGAUUGCUGCCAUUGAGAAAACAUUUCAAAAAGCUAAGGAAGAGAUUACACAACACUACAGCAAACCCAAAGUGGAGCCUAUUGAGGUGUUGCCUGUGUUCCCUGACUUUGAGCUAUGGAAGCAUCCAUUUGCCCAGGUAAUCUUUGACUCGGACCCGGCCCCCAAAGACAGGUCAGGACCGGCUCUCAUGGAGGAAAUGUCUCAAGCCAUGAUCAGAGGAGCAGUUGAUGAGAGUGGUGAACAGUUUGUAGCGUACUUCCUACCAACGACAGACACGCUCGGGAAACGUAAGAGGGACGAGGAUGAGAAUGAAGAUUAUAUGGCCGAUGAUGAGUAUGACUACACACUGGCUCGUGAGUACAACUGGAACGUGAAGAACAAGCUGACACGAGGCUACGAGGAGACUUACUUCAUGGUUUUCAGGGAAGAUGGGUGCUACUACAAUGAGCUGGAAACCAGAGUGCGCUUGAGCAAGCGUCGUAAGACAGCAGGGGCACAGGUUGCCCGAUCUCGAUUGGUAGUCAAACACAGGGAUCUGAACGACAGAGAACUGCGAGCACAGGAUGUGAGGUUGAUGAUGUUGGAGCCACCACAGGAUGAAGAGGAGGAGGAGGAGGAAGAGGAGGAAUUCAUACAGACCACAAACAAUGAUGAUGAGUUCCCAAGUCCAAAAGGCAGUGGUGAUGAAGGUCGGAGGUCAAGGUCACGAAGCAGAUCCAGUUCAAGGUCGCGUUCUGGAUCACGCAGUGGAAGUGGGUCAAGAUCUAGAAGUCGUAGUAGAAGCAAUAGCAGAUCAAGAAGUCGUAGUCGAAGCAAAUCUGGAAGUCGCAGCAGAAGUAGAUCAAGAUCUGGGUCAAGGUCGCUCUCCAGAAGUAGAAGCAGGUCACGUAGUGGCAGCAGAAGUGUUAGUCGUACACCAAGCCGAUCUAGAUCAAGGUCAGGCAGUCGCAGCAGAAGUAGGUCAAGAAGUGGCAGCAGAAGUGUGUCAAGGUCACGGUCAAGAAGUCGAAGUGGAAGCAAAGGAAGGUCACCCAGUAGGUCAAGGUCACGCAGUGCUAGCAGGAGCGGAAGUGAAAGUGAGGCUGAGAGAGGCAGGAAGGAUGAAGAGGAAAUCUUCGGUUCUGAUAGUGACUCAGAUAGUAAUUAAAAAAGCAUAUUUUUGGUACACCAAUAUUUUAUCAACAUAUGACAUAUUGCUGGUGUUUAUCAUUUGUGUAUAUAAAUGUGGUCAUUUGGAAGUUCAGUGUACUUAUGUACAAGUGACGAUCAUGUGAACAUACAUUGUCUAGUGUUACAUAAUAAUGUAGCACAUCAGUUUUCCUCUUUCUACUAUGAAAAAAAACACUGCUUAUAUGCUGUUGUUGUUGACAUAUUGAUUUACAGAAAAAGGGUUCUGUGCCUUUUUUGUAGUAGUAUCCAUUAAAAAGAAUGCAGUCCCAGAUUAACACAUAAAGCUUCCAACAUCAUUAUCUUAUCAUGUGUAACGCCUUUGGAAGUCAUAUAUUUCAAUAUAAACAUCAAUCAUUGUCCUUAAAAAUCUUAUUCUAUGUACAUUUCUGAAUUGGAUCAUGGAAAUAAAAAAUAAUAAUGAA